CCGGCCGGCUCCAUCCGGGCACUGCCGAAUUAGCAUCGGGCCGAGGCACAACUUUGCCGAGACCCAGCGAGAUCCAGGCGCGCGCGCCGGAGGAAAUAUAGUCCCUGCCGGCGGGCGGCUCCCGCGGGCAGCGGUGGCGGCGGGGCGGGCGCGCGCCGGGCGGCGCGGGGCUGCGCGGGGCUGCGCGGGGCUCCCGGCGCCCCGGGGCCAUGCGCCGGGCGGCGCCGCUAGCCCGGGGACCCGGCGCAACUUGCGGGGCAUCCUGAGGAGUUGGGGUGGCCGCGGGCUCUGCGCCGCGGCGCCCGGCCGCCUCUCCUCCCCCUCGCUCGAACCGCCGUCGCUUUCGGUGGUGGGGGCGGGGGCUGGUGUCCCCCCACCCCCGGGAGUCCCGGUCCGCCCCCGCGGAGCCGCGCAACUUCAGCGGAGCCCGGGCCAAAGUGAGCGCAAAGUGCAGCCCAAGUUGCCGCGAUGGAGCUGCAGAGCCGGCCCGAGGCGCUCGCCGUGGAACUCGCGCGCCACCAGAACGGCGACCUCAAGAAGCCGCUCCACGAGAGGCAGCCGCGGAUCGCCGCGCUCAGCGACAAACGAGCCUUGGGCUCCAUCACCGCAGUGCCUGUCGCGGGUCCUCAGGUCAGCUCCUUGCAGAGGUUGGCCGGGCAAGGAGCGGCAGUGCUACCUCAGGUUAGGCCAAAGACUCUGAUUCCAGACAGCCUCCCCGUCACCCCGGGCCGGGACCGGCCCCCCAAGCAGCCCCCCACGUUGCAGAAGACCACCGUGGUCCGCGUCAAGAACCCCAGCCCAGCCCUCCCCACCGCCAACAACACCGUGAGCCAUGUGCCGACGCCCGGCAGCCAGCCGCAGGCCCUGGCCGAGCCGGCCGCUGUCGCCUCUCCUCUGAGCGGCGCCGGAGUGGCCUACGCCCUCGUCUCCACCGCCCCCAGCCAUGCCGCCGCCGUCGCCCCCAGCAACGCCGUGCCUGCGGUUGGCGACAGCGUCAAAGUCCAGCCCCUCCUCCUCAGCGCCGACAGCAAGGUCAUCCUCAUCCAGCCUCAAGUGCAGCUGCAGCCCGAGGGCACGGCGGGUUCGCGGCCGCCCACGCAGGAGCUGUCUCAGGGAGCGCGGGCCGCCGAGGAGGAGGAGGACCGGCCGCCGCCCAGCCAGGAGAACCCUGAGAAAAUCGCCUUCAUGGUGGCGCUAGGCCUGGUCACCACGGAGCACUUGGAAGAGAUCCAGAGCAAACGCCAGGAGCGCAAGAGGAGAAGCACAGCCAACCCGGCCUACAGCGGCCUCCUGGAGACGGAGAGGAAGCGGCUGGCGUCCAACUAUCUCAACAACCCCCUGUUCCUCACAGCACGAGCCAAUGAGGAGCCCUGCUGGAAGCACGAGACCGGCCGCGAUGAGCGCUGCGCCGCCUGCAAGCGCGGCACCGACCUGCAGCCCUGCGGCGCCUGCCCGGGGGCCUACCACCUCGGCUGCCUGGACCCGCCCCUCAAGACGGCACCCAAGGGCGUGUGGCUGUGCCCCAAGUGCCAGCAGAAGGCCUUAAAGAAGGACGAAGGUGUGCCCUGGACGGGGAUGCUGGCCGUCGUGCGCUCCUACGUCACCCACAAGACAGUGAAAGAAGAGGAGAAGCAGAAGCUGCUGCAGAAGGGCACGGAGCUGCAGAGCGAGCACCGGCAGCUGGAGGAGCGGGACCGGCGCCUGGCCUCGGCCGUGAAGAAAUGCCUGGAGCUGAAGACAAGCCUGCUGGCCCGGCAGAGGGGCACCCAGUCGUCCUUGGACCGUCUUCGGGCCCUCCUGAGACUGAUACAGGGUGAACAGAUGCUCCAGGUCACCAUGACGACCACCAGCCCCACCCCGCUGCUGGCAGGGCCCUGGACCAAGCCCUCAGCAGCAGCCAUGCACUCUGCCCUCCAGCACCCCCAGGGGCACAACUGACCCCGAGGGACCCGUCUUCACGCCCGUGGAGAGCCCCUGGGACCCCCUGCUCACAAGACCCGCGGGUUCCGUCAGCCUUAAUUCAUAAACACUCUGACUUUCAGACAAAAAUAAAACCAGACAGAGAGAGACAGGGGCCAGAGGGAGGUGGAGCUGGAUGGGGGUCCUGGUCCUGCAGCCGGGGCGGGUGGGGGUGGAGUCCUGCCCCUUCAGGUGCAGGCAGGACCCCCGGAAGCCAGGUGGUGCACACUGUCCGCUCCGGCCUCUAGCCCAGCUGUCCCUGUGGCCUUGUGUAGUGUGCGGAGGGGCCGGCACCUGUCCAGCGUCCUGCAGGGAGGGAGCCGGGAUGCAGACGUAGCUGAGUAGUGCAGGUAGUGGGGCAGAAGUGGGUAGGAAUCUAGGUAGGACUCCGGCCCCUCCCCCGCAGGGGGCCCACGCCUGGGCCUGGGCCACGGGUGCCUUCCCAGAACCCCAGGCCUGCCGGUCAGUAUUAUUGGCGUUAAAAUCGCAGCUGUUUGACUUGAAACUCUGCGCGGCCUGCGUUCCCUGCCAGUGCCACGGUCCCCAGAGUCCUGGGGCGCCCCGGCCGCGCACCGCCUUCCUCUCGCUAGUGCUUCGGAUCCACGUUGCUGUCGAUGUAUUUUUCUCAUGGAGUUUCGGGCCAGACGGAGGCGCAGCCGUGCGGCGGGGCAUGGGGCAGGCACCCUGGUUCCGGUUGAAUCGUUCAACCUGCGACCGAAGCCUUUUACUCUCUCCUUCCGAAGAGCCGAUCAAGUAUUCCACUCCCUGUUUCUUGCCAGUACAGACACUAUGCCAAAAAUAACCUUCCGUUUUUGUACGGUGUUUUUAUUGUGGGAUGUUUAAUGUGAAGGGGGCACGCCUGCUGGCCGCCCUGCCUGCCGGCCACUCUCUGCGGCCAGGUCCGAGUGGGGGCGCCCUCCCGGGGCUGCCGGGGCUGGAGACGUCCCGGGGGCGGGCGGGGAAGGGGGUGGGGCCUCGGGAGGGCUCAGACCUUGGAGACUCCACAGAGCCCCCCUCCUUGCCGGCUCCUAGAGAGCAGAGGGGGCGCCCGCUGUCUCAGAGCGCUCCUGCACCCCGGGGUGGGCUCUGCCCGCCCCUCACCCCCACCAGCUUCUCCAGUCCCGAGGGACUUAGCACAACAGACAAGCACCCGGGAGCCUCGGGGGCUCCCACCCCCGAGCCCGUCGCCCGGUGCCGCGUUGCAGGGACCACACGUGUGCGGGCGCACGCAUGCGCGCGCAGAGGUGCCGAGCAGGGGGCCGGCCCCGCCCCCACAGGCGGCCGCGGGGCCUCCUGCCACUUCCACGACUCCGGGAGAAACUGUGCUGUACGAUACAGAGCUAUUUUAAUACACGUAACACUGGGUUGAACAAGAUUUUUAUAUUCUUUUAUCGAUGAACAGAGCGAACUGCGGGACACACGUCUUCUAUGUUGGUUACUCGAGACGCCGAUUAUGCAGUACCUGCCGCGCGGCUUGCGAUGCAAACGUCCUCAGAUUCCUUUCUUUGGGUUUGUUUUCUUCCUGGAUGGAUUGGAUUGAGUUUUUUUUAACAAUGUAAUGGGAGGGUGUGAGCGGCUGGACCCGGGAGGGGUCGCUGCUGGCGUGUCUUGAGUCUUAGAUUCCUCGGACCCCGGAGGGCCGUCCAGUGGAUAGAGUCAGGCUAGAGAAGAGUGUUCGUCUUAAAUAUGCCCGUGUAGCCCUUCUGUGCGACGCAUUAAACUCGAUUGAUGAUUGC